CGAUGAUGCAUGGCAUGGUAUAAUUCGAGAAGGGGCGCAGGACACCCCAUGCAUGCAGGUGCAGCCACAGGCGGGGGAAUAGUCCCUUUCGCAAUGCGCUCUCCUUGCGAAUGAUGGCAUAAAAGACGGGUCGAGUUUUCGAGUCCCUCGACCUCUUCGCAAUCCGAAACCAACGAAAUCCUCAUUCGCAACUCGCAAACAAAACAAAGGCUUCUACAAACCCACCAACCACCAACCUCUUUAACAACAACCAACCGCAACAAUGGCCUCCCGUAUGCCCACCCGUCUCUUCUCCACCUCCCGCCAAGUCCUCAACAACUCGUCGAGCAACCCCAUCAAGGCGGCUGCCGAGGCCGUCAAGAAAGCCGCGCAAGCCUUUAAGGAGGACGGCAAGAUCGGCCAGAAGUUCACCCCGCAAGGAUCAGUUGGCUCCACGGCAGAAGCCGUCGGCGGACCUUUCACUCGUGACGGCGCCAUCGGCAAGCAAUUCACCACCGACGGCGCAAUUGGCGGCACCGGACAGAAGGUUGCCCAAGCUACCGAGUCUGCUGCCCGGGAUGUCGAGCGCAAGCCUACCUCCGAAAACGCCUCGUACACCGCUUCCCAGACCGCUGAACGUGCUGGAAGGAACGUUAAGAGAACUGCCGAAGAUGCCGCGAUUGGAACAAAGAGGGGCGCUGAGGACGUGAACGACAAGACCAAGCAGUGGGGAAAGAAGUUAUAAACGAUGGAGUGAGGAGUUUUUGGAUGGAGAAAUACACUCGAUAUACCCGCCGUACCGCCACCCCUUCCUUCCCGACAACACUGUAGUUUAGGUUACCUCGCUGAUCUGUUUACCAUCCUCACUGCACCCUCGCACCCCCCAUAUAUCUUAACUAGCCUUUCUGAAUAACAACAUGGCCAAUUUUGAUCCAAUAAGCGCUCUCAUGCGCUUCGGUCUUGCGCUGUUAACGUAGUUUGAAGUUUGAAACGUCCGUUAGUAACGAUCACUCACGGGCGAAGAACGUGUUGUUUCCUUUUUUGAGUUUUCGGCCG